AUGGUGAAAGACCUAGAGAAUUUCAUUAUGGAUCAAGUCAAAAAGAUCUCCACUCUAAUCAGGAAAAUGAAUGAUAUCUCGGCCGAUCUUGACAAAGCAAAAGUGGCCAAGGCUAAGAACAGGAUGACCGACAUGGAGUUGAAGUUUUCCUCUACUGAAGUCAAGUUAUCUAAGGCCGAGAAGAACUGUGAUGCCUUGUUGGGCCAGAAGGAAAUGGUGAAGGUCUUUACUGACACAAGGCCAAGUACUUUAAGGAUGGAUAGGAUGUCAAGGUUCAAUGUGCAUGUGUUCAUCCCUUCUACUAUCUCUGAUGAGGAAGAUAAAGGUGAAGAGAAUCAUGUUAGGAACAUCAAGGAAGACCCUCUUGCCAUAAACUUGAUUAGCGACGGGGAUGAAAAUGAGCUCCCAUUCCCUUCCCCUAGGAGGCUUCCAACCCAUGCAAUGCAAGAUCCUAUUACCCCACUAAUUCUACUACCCCCAUUGCUGAACGAAUGA